UUUUUUUUUUCUUUCAACAUUUGCAUGCCAAACACCAUGCUGAUGAUAAUAUCGGUCAUAUUGCACCUAUCUCAAAGGUGGAGAAUUAAUAGUGGCUCAAUAAUGUCAAAAUCAACCAGCCCACCCAAUUAUUGGAAGUAAUAACAUAUUCUUUGUUCACAUCCAUUGAGGGACCCAGUCAAGUAUACAUAGACAUCCGCAGCCCUAUUUAUGUAUUCUCCAUUUUCACAUUGCCUAUAGAGAAAGCAAAAUGACAAAGUCAACAAGGAAAAAACUGUUUGUUUGUGACAAUUUCAACUUUGCAGAAACACACACUGUCCAUACACUGUUUCCCUUCUUCUUUACAAUAAUUCCAAGUCAAGUUACAUUUUAAAAUAGGGAGAGUAGACUAAUUACACAUUCCUAGAACCCCCACAUCCCCAUUACUAAAACUAAACUAAACUAAACCAUCAAAGCAUCAUUUCAUGGCUAUUCCUAUUCCUAUUCCUCUUAUUCCCUCUGUUUUCUCCCUGUUUCUUCUGUCCUGUGUUCUGUUUGAAAUCAUCGCCGGACAACCAACCAUAAACGAAACAACAGACAAGACAUGUCCAAAUAAUAUAAGUUGCGGGAGCCAUGGGAUUCUCAAAUUCCCUCUCACCAACUUCACCUAUCCCGGAUGCGGAUUGUGCUCGGUCGAUUGCUCAGAUGGAAAUCAUCGACCAAGAAUUCAAGUUCUGCCUACUUUAUCUUUAGAAUCUGAAGGGGAUUUGAACAAGGGAGAUUUCAUCGCCAUUAAUGAUUCAAAUCUGACUUCUUUGGUGACAAAUCAAGACUGUGGCUUUGUUGAUAGAUUUAUUGGUUUUCGAAGACCAUCAGAGCUACCCUCUUCUAAUUCUAGAUCAGGUUUGAUCUUUUCAUUCUUCCCCAACAUGACCGUCUUUAAAUGCUCUAAAAUCAAUGGUAGUCAAAGGGUUGAUCGGGAUAAUGAGUAUUUUGUCAAUUAUACUUUCCAUGAUUGCGAGAAUUACUUGAUCUAUUACAACUAUGGAGUUAGUAAGGUUCCAGAUAAAUGGCAUCCCACUUGCAGUUCACCCAUUUAUGUGCCUGUUGUAUCACCUUCGAAAGGGACAAACAUGUCUGAUCUCUUCUCCCUGUUGGCUUCUCGUUUCACUCUUGAAUUUCAUGUUUCCGAACGUUGUACAAACUGCUUCAAUUCUGGAGGCCGCAAUUGCCUCAAUGGGCAAGGUCAAUGCAUUAUUAGUAAUGACUCAAAAAAAGGACGGAAUAACCGAAUUAUAAUUAUCGGAACAGUUCUAUCGGGGAGCUUUGUAAUGGUUGGCAUUGUGAUUCUGAUAUUCUGUCAACGUAAAAGGUUGAAACUUUCAUCGUAUUUACCUUUUCUAAGGAACUCUUCAUCUAAUCCUUCUUCCAAGAGAGAUCUUGAAGGGGCUACUGAGUAUUUUGGAGCUUCUGUUUUCACUUAUGAAGAACUUGUAGAAGCUACCAAGAGUUUUGAUCCUUCUAAAGAAUUGGGAGAUGGAGGCUUUGGAACCGUUUAUCAUGGAAAACUAAGCGACGGAAGAGAAGUUGCGGUGAAGCGACUAUACGAGCACAACUACAAAAGAGUAAUGCAAUUCAUGAACGAAGUCCAAAUCCUCACCCGUCUCCGCCACCGAAACCUAGUCACGCUCUACGGUUGCACGUCGAGGCAUAGCCGAGAGUUACUCCUCGUUUACGAGUACAUAUGCAAUGGAACCGUCGCUGAUCACCUCAACGGACACCUAGCUGAAAAACACUUACUCACAUGGCCUGUCCGAAUGAACAUAGCCAUCGAAACCGCAGCCGCUUUGGCUUAUCUUCACCAUAGUGACAUCAUUCAUCGCGACGUCAAAACAACCAAUAUCCUCCUCGACACCAAUUUCUCAGUAAAGGUGGCGGAUUUCGGUCUCUCAAAAUCCCUACCCGAAAACGCCACCCAUGUCUCAACCGCUCCUCAAGGGACUCCCGGUUAUGUUGAUCCCGAGUACUACCAAUGUUACCAGCUGACUGAAAAGAGCGACGUUUACAGUUUUGGAGUCGUUCUUGUUGAGCUUAUCUCGUCCAUGCCUGCAGUUGACAUAGGCAGGCAUCGACACGAGAUAAACUUAUCGAAUUUGGCGAUAAACAAGAUUCAAAAUUGCGCGUUUGACGAUUUGAUCGAUUCAAGUCUCGGGUACAAAUGCGAUGUUAGUGUCAAGAGAAUGACUACUUCGGUGGCAGAGUUGGCUUUUCGGUGUUUACAAAAUGAGAAGGAUUUUAGGCCUACAAUGGAUGAAAUAGUGGAGAGUUUGAAGGAAAUUAGGGACUAUAUUGAUGAUGACAAAACCAAACAGGGACUAGAAGAGAUGAAAAUGCCUCCACCACCUUCGCCGGAGGGAGAUCAUAUUAAUCUGAUUAAAUCAUGUUAUCCGGGAUUGCCGGGGAUGUCUCCGAAUACUGUGACCGCAAAAUGGGUAAGUGGAUCAAGUAUCAAUUCAAGCUAAACUUAAUUUAUUAUCAAUUAUUUGACUUUAUAGGGAUGUAAAUAUAUAUAUUUUUGAGUUUAGUCUUUAUAUAUACAUAUCUUGUCAUUAAAAAACAAAAUGUCAACUUAAUUGUAAGACA